AGGCAGAGAGAGAGAGAGAGAGCCAGACAGAGGGAGAUGCGGACCUUCCAGAGCCGGAAUCAGCCUGCGCAGCGCGGAGCCUCCAGCUGCCUGCCCAGCCUCAGCAGCAGCAGCAGCGGCGCCGUGAGUCCCCUCAGCACGGCCAGCGUCACCCUCACAGCCCUGCUCAUCCUCACCAUCCCAGUCUGCAAAAGUGCUCCAGCAGAACUUCAGCAAACAGAUCAACUACUGCCAAUAGAUGCUGUGUGCUCAUCCUACCUCUCUACAGACCUGAAGUUUUGGGCAUCUGAUAUCUUAGGAGAACUCUGUGUCUUGAUGCUGGUUCAGAAGUCAAAGGAGUUAAAAGUGCGUGAAAAUAGUAAAAGGACCUCUCAGUUGCACCCUCUCCUGCGUCUAGUUUCUCAACUCAGAAGAGAAAAAGGACUCUCAAUGCGCGCUGAACUCCAGGGACCUGGGGGAAUCCAGAGCAGAGGUUACUUCCUCUAUCGGCCACGAAAUGGAAGACGAUCCUUAGAAUAUGAGUAAAUUAAAGCUUAUGUACAGAGACAACACAGACCCUGAGACCCGAGCUGCUGCACCACGACUGAUCCAGAUUUCAACCACAGCCCUCUGCCACUGCUCUAUUGUUAUGUCUGAAUGUAUACAAAUAAUACGAUUAAAAUAGGCUACUAUUCAGUUGUCAAGAUUUUAUUUUGUGUUACACGGGUGUCAUUUGCAUUAAAACUGCUACAAUGUGG